ACGUUACGAGUUUUAGGUUCUGAAAACGGUCCGUUUAGGAACUAAAAACGGUCCGUUUACGGCACGUUAACUUACCGUUAACGACCAGUUAACGGGCCGUUAACGGUGCCGUUUUCUUGGACCUGGGGAUGCAAUACAUCUCAAAAUUAGUUAGAAUUUGAGAUCAAAAUAAGUACACGCAGUUCUAUUUACAUCUCUCACCUCGCUCUCUGUGCUCUUAUUCUGAAUAAAGUUAUCAUUCAACUUAUUCAAGUUAAAAUAAGAAAAUAGACGAACAGAAUUUUUACGCCGAUUGCUACUGGGUGUGGAUGAACUUUACAAUGCCAUUCGCUUCACCAUUUAUUCAUCAAUACUUACUGAAACCCCAUUUAAUCAUCAUUUGUGCUCACCAAGAAUCAACUAAAUUGUUUAAUAAUCUAUUAAAAUCAGCAUCAUCAAAAGUGUUAUUAUCGUAUGACACCACGCUUAAUCUUACUGACAGUUAUGUUAGUUUAUCGGCACGUGGGUUUCAAAAAUGAAUCCACAAUUGUUCUUGCCUAUCUUGUGCACGAAACAAAGCGAUUGACUAGUCAUAUUCAAUUUGUUCGAUGGUUAAAAGAUACUUGCCCACUAUUUGAAGAAAAGACAGUAUUGGUGACAGACAAUGAACAAGCAUUUGAAACAAGUUUUCGAGAAGUAUUUCCAACACUUCAACAACUUCGUUGCUGGAAUCAUUUGUCAAAAAAUAUUAGAAGAAGAAAGUUGAAAGAAAAAAAACAAAAAUCGGUCGAAAUCAACGAUGAACAAAAUGAUGAAACUGAUAAGCUAAAUUAA